UCAAGUUAAUUUGGCUAUAUUGGUCAAAAUACCUCCGAAACCCCACCCACAAACCCUCUUCCUUGAAAAUAAGAAGGAAAUAGACAGAAAAAACCCAUCCAACAGAACAACGAACCGUAUUUCCUUGAUCACGAAACAGCACACGUGAUUCGUUGAUGACAUUUUGCCAACAGGGUAAGAGACUUCCUACCUGCAAUAUACCUAUGCACUAACAGGGCUUGGAGUACAUAGUGUUUUGUUAAAUUUAGAUAACCCUUUCUUUAAAAAUCCCUAAAACCCACCACUCCCAAAAACAUUUUUUUUUAAAAUAAUAUAAAAUCACAAACAGAUUUGUAAAGACCGGAAAAUACUCUGCCUUACCAAUGACAAAACCUGGUUCACGUGAUGGAGCAGUCACACAAAGCAUUGUGUAGAGGAUCGUUCAGGUUAGGAGCUAUUGAUCUCGCCACAAUAUGGGGAGCCCCGUCUACUUCCUCCUUUCUGUUUCAUACCGCUACCGCUACGUCCCUGGCGUCAGAGCUGUACACAAGUCGUGGGAUCUCCGGCGCUCGCUGUGUCCAUUUGGCUACCUGGAUGUCCUAAACAUGCUCUUCCCGGUGUCCGGAUGCAUCUGCUUGUUGGGACUAUCUUGUCUAGUCAGCACUUCCGCCUUGGCAUUUCACUCUGGGGCGGAGAAAUGCUCACGUGGGCACGUUACCUGCAAGUGUGGUCAGCAAAGGGAGAGAAUUCGGAUAUCAGUCAGAAGGUGUAGCCUCUUUGAUGGACACGAAUCCUACUGUGACUACUGUACGCCCCGCCGGAAGCUGAAGCGUGUACUGUGCCCUCGGUAUCGCCAUUGCUCCACGUGUAACAGUGAGGGGUGUGGCACCUGUCCUCCAAACAAAUAUGGUCCGCGAUGCACUAAAGACUGCAGUUCAUUGUGUUUCAACGGAGGAACGUGUAUCAACAACCAGUGUCGAUGUCCAGAUGGUUUCACAGGGGAUCGGUGUCAAACAGGUACGGAAUGUCGUAUUGUCACGAAGCCCGCUCACGGUGAUGUUGAAGUGUCGGGAAAGACAGCGACGUACACCUGUUCCCAUGGUUACGCACUAGUGGGUCAGCAUAUUCUGCAGUGUAGGCCGAACGGCACGUGGUCAUCGGAGUCGCCAUAUUGUGAGCCAAUCUGCAGCCAUCCCAAUGUCAGUGACCACAUGUACUUUGCCAGGGAAAGACUGGACCAAGAUGAAGCGCCCUUCACUGCUCUAGCCAAGGUGAAGGUCAAAUGUGACGACGGCUACAGGGUGGUGGGUGCACGAUCCAUCUACUGCAACCUUGACGGCAAAUGGUCCUCUAUGCCCAGAUGUGAAGCGCGCGUAACCUGCACACCUCCCAGUCUUGUAGCCAAUGGCAUCCAUCAGACGUUUGAAGAAGUCCGCGAUGACAGGUACUACGAAGGGACGGAGGUGAUCUACGAGUGUAACUCUGGCUAUGUGUUGAAGGGACGCUACUCGAUGGUCUGCCAGGAGGAUGGGACCUGGAAUCACCAGACACCCAGGUGCGAGGAGGUGGAACAAUUACCCAAAGUCAUGUGUCCUCCUCUGAAAGCGCUGGGUAACGGAACCCUGACUCGGGGCCCUGAAUCCCCGAUUGACAAGAACGUGCCCGGAAUCAGGGUCGUGUACGAGUGUGAUGAGGGGUUUGUUCUGCAUCCCAACAUACCUGAGCGUUAUUGCCACAUCGACGGGACGUGGUAUCCUCCGGUGCAGCCCAAAUGCGUCUCAGUGGUGACCUGUCCUGAUCCGGGCAAGCCAAGGAAAGGGACUCGUUGUUUUGGCAACGGAUGCUUUCGCAACUCCACGUGCCCGUCAACAUCUAACGUGACUGUUGGGAACGAGACCGUGUUCCUGCCGGAGGACAUCUAUGGGGAGGGCGUCCGCGUCAACUACAAGUGUAACCAAGCUUACAACAUGAAUGGUCCCAAGUUUAGACGUUGCCAGGAGGACGGUACCUGGACGGCCAACCUGCCCCACUGUGUUCCAGAGUGCGGAAAACCAACAAAAGGAAUCACUGCCCUCAUCUCCGGGGGCAAUGAGUCCAAGAUCCAAGACUGGCCCUGGCAUGUUGUGGUCAAGAAGAAGAUGUCGAAGAAGGAGUGGCAACACGUGUGUGGAGGGUGUCUCCUGGGGGACUCCUGGGUCGUCACAGCCGCUCACUGCGUCACGGUGGACAAGACCACAGUCCCGCUUGACCACUCGGACAUCGUGGUGGAGUUCGGAGUGUCACAUGUGAACGAAUCAAUAAGAGAUCAGCCCAUUCAAAGCAGAGGGAUUACCAAAAUCUACGUAAAUGACAAUUACAAUUCAAGGACAUACGACUCCGACAUUGCCCUUUUGAAACUGAAGAAAUCUGUGACUGUGAACGCACGAGUUCAGCCUGCCUGUCUUUCCAAAGAGCGGAGUUCUCGAGGCAACCAGACCAAUCGAUCUGAUCAGAUUCUGCCCCGCUACGUCGUGACCGGAUUCGGCAAGGUGGCCAACGCCGAGUAUUCGCAGACGCUGCGCUCAGCUGAUCUCCAGGUGGAGCCAGACAACAAACACUGUGAGAAGGUUCUGAGUAAAGACGGAGUGAACAACAGCGUCACUAGGAAUAUGCUCUGUGCCGAUAAUGUGGUUGAGAAUAAACACCCCUGUGCAGGAGAUUCCGGAGGGCCGCUCGUCAGACAGACCAGAUAUGGACAACGACGUUGGUACCUGGAGGGUAUCGUCAGCUGGACCUCUGAACGCCCCUGCCAGGGACCUGUAACCUACAGCGUCUUCACCAGAGUGGACAUGUUCCUGGACUGGAUCGAGGAGAAGACAUCGCCUGACCUGUCCUACUACUGAACCAACGAGCAAGUACAAUCACACCAGCAUAUGCCCUGUCCACUACCAUCCUCGGGGUUCAAGGACUUAGCCUACAUUAUGGUUACUUUGUCUAUCUUAACAUGUUUCUUGUAGGAUCGAUCUACAUAUGCCACUAUAAUAGAUGACCUUACACAGAAUACAUGUAUAUUACUCGAGCCUGUUUGUUUUAAGGAAUUAAUGAAACGUAUGUGAUGUGAAUGUUGAAUACACGUGGAAAUAUUAUGUCUUCAUUAACCACUCUCAUAUUUAGCUGUUCUAAGUUGUAGUGUCCUUGAGACUGGAAACCACCUUCAGGUGAAAGUGAAGUGUCUAAAAGUAUACAAUUCAUUUUUUAUAUCGACCUUGCAAUUCUUCAGUUCUAAUUUAUAUAAUAAAAUGCACGUAUUUACA